AUGCUGAAUCCACGUUUGCUGAGAGUGAGAAGUGCCCUGAUGCGACAAUGCAUGGCUGAGUUCCUGGGAACGCUUGUCUUGAUUCUCUUUGGCUUAUCUGCAGCAGCACAGGUGACGACCAGCAGACAGACUAAAGGCCAAACUCUUUCGAUCCACCUGUCAUGGGCUGUGGGAGUUAUGUCGGCCACAUUUCUCACCAAGGGGAUCUCGGGUGCCCACCUGAACCCCGCUGUGUCUCUGUGUUUCUGUAUUUUGGGGAAGCUGCGGUGGGGGCAGCUGCUGCCCUACUGUCUCUCCCAGCUCCUCGGGGCGUAUGUGGCAGCAGCUCUGGUCUUUGCCCUCUACUAUGAUGCUAUAAUGGAUUUUAGUGGAGGCGUGUUGACCGUUUAUGGCCCCAAUGAAACAGCAUCGAUAUUCGCUACGUAUCCCUCUGAGUACCUCACGUUAGGAGGUAGUUUUCUUGACCAAGUAGUGGGCACUGGAACGCUGUUGCUGUGCAUCCUGAGCUUGACCGAAAAGAGGAACACCCCGGCUCCUCCUGACCUGAUUGCUCCCAUAGUUGCAGGGAUCGUGCUCGGCAUUAUCAUGUCCAUGUCGGCUAACUGUGGUGCUGCUUUAAAUCCUGCUCGCGACCUUGGGCCACGUCUCCUCACGUUGACUGCAGGCUGGGGGACUGAAGUCUUUACGUGUUAUAAUUAUUGGUUCUGGGUACCAAUUGUGGCUCCGAUUACCGGGGCUCUUGCAGGAACUUCCUUGUAUUUGUUCUUCAUCGAAUGGCAGCUUCCUGAUGAACCUCUGGAGAAGCUCCCAACAAUCUCUACCAUCAGUGACAGCAUCAAGCAGUCCUCCACCAUGUGGGAAAAGGGAGAUGAACUAAAAGCUACACAUUUAUGA